AUCUUUUAGUCCCGCUUAGUACAAUGCCUAUUGAGCAUUGUAUCACGGCAUAUUGCCUACCCCGCUUAUUGUAUCUCGACGCGGAUAACUGAACAGAUGGGAAAACUGCUCGAGUCGAGCAGGACACUGCAUUUAAUGUUGUAAUUUGUUACGUAGAAAAGUAAAACGUGUAUCAUUGCAACUUUGUUGCCCUUUUGAGGCCAAAAUGGCGGUUAAAAGUAAGAUGUUAAAAGAACAUCUUACUUCUUUUAACAGAUGUUAAAAGAACAUCUUACUGGAUACUGCGGAAGCUGAAAACGGUUGUGAAGGGGGCCGAGUACUUUUCCGGCGUUGAUCCUAGUUCACGAGUGUAAGUGCCUUUAUUUGUAUGCACCACCUUUACAGCGGAGUUGUUUUGCCCCGGUUUCACUCCACAUGACUGGUCGGCCGGCCUGCAUUGGCACAGUGACGCAGCCCGAUGCUCUGAUUCAGCCGGUCGUCGGUACUCCCCCAAACAAACUGUGCGCGGCGCCCCGCUCCGCACAGCCCCGGUCACAUCGGGUAUGCAGGAGGGUGCCGGCCGGCCUGGGUGGUCAGCGGUUACAGCGCGGCCCGUAAGCCAACAGUGGACGGCCGACAGUCAACUCGGCCGGCGGACGUUUCACCUGGAAAACGGUUCUAAUGGGGGCGGCUCGCGGGGUUCGGAGCGCGCGCCCAGACCACUGCCGGCCUCUCCGUCACGUAACGGCUAUCGCAAAUGAGGAAAACGGCUGAGAGGACCAGCCUUUUGCUUGCAGAAACCGCGGAUAGAAAUGGGUUAUUCACCGUAGGUUUCCGCGUCCGCUGUCUUCCAGAGCUUUAUUAGAGGGAGGGAAAGUUGCCCUCCCUCUUCAAUGCGUUUCGAGACGAUUUUUCAGGAAUACGCAUUGGCUCCUUUUGCUGGUCGGUCUCCCAUUUUGAGCACCUUUUUUGUCUGUUGUAUGUUUGUCUGCUUUGUUUGAUUAGGCCCAUCGAUCUAUUGAGAUUUCAGGACCGAGAGAUGAUAAGAUCGGGGACAAUGGAAUGAGCAAUAGACUGAUUCGGGUUCGACUGUUGAGCCGCAGCAACGGACCUCAUCCCGUUGGGACCAGGGUACACGUUGGGACGGGAAUGUCCGGAUGAGCCAUAGCCCAUAACACCCAUCGGCUCAAACGAUCACCCCCAGGGGAUGAUCCUAUGCUCCCGCUGAAACUGCUCUCUCCCGGCCUUUUCUGGUGGGGUGGUGGCCAUUCCGGGUGCUCAAGGAUGCUGAUGGGCUGGCCCUGAGGGUAGAGAGGACGGACGUUGUUCGAUGAAUUUGGCAUGCAGUGUCGUUGACCUUGCGGAAAGCAAUUCGUCAUGUGUUCGAUAGUUCUUGAGGCUCGAAUGGUUGAUUUAUAUUUUGCCUACUUUUACCUUCCUUUUCAUUUUUAAGAAAAAAAGAUGAUUAUCUGCGAGUGGGGCGCAGCAUUACCAGCGCAGCUAAACGCUGCAGUUAUCGGUAGACGUCCCAUAAGACGAGCUGAAAUUGGUCCAUUUCAUUUUCACCUAGCACUUUCCUCUUUCUUCCUCAUCCUCCCUCAACACGGAUCUCAUUUGUGCGGUCACGUGACACGACCGUUCGACACCUUGGAACGGUCACGUGUCCGGCUGUUUCAACAGUGCGGUCCGCUCAAAUGGGGCGGUCGGCGGCGCCGCUCGUCAUUGCCUUUCCGGCUGGGUCCGGCGUCACGUCAGGCGCUGGGGAGACAUUAGAGGCACCGGGUGGGCGGCUGGCGAGGGAAGUGAAGUAUAGGCAGGGAAGUCUACGAGACAGGACAGGAAGCCGUGCACCACUGAGGGAUACGCCAGCCCUGACAAGACUUGCCGAGCACGGCUGUCAAGCUCGGCAGCAUGCAGACUCCGGCGUCCUACACACUGCUGGGGAUGGCGCUGGCGCUGGCCUCCCUGGCCGCCGUGGGCUUCGGCGGCGUGCAGUGGUGGUACCUCUGGGAGACCACCUUCAACGACCGCUCCGACGAGCCCGUCAACUAUGGGGCGUCUGCGUCGUGUGUGGACGCCACCGGGGCCGAGACGGACCCGCAGGGCGUCGGUCUGGAUCUGGUGCUCUCCCAGGACCCCGGCGCCGACCGCAUCACAGUCAGCGGGCUGGUCGUCGGAGGCGGGGUGCAGCAGGGAACAGGCGUGCGUCUCCGGCUGUAUUCCGAUAACAGCUGCACGCCCACACCCACUCAUUUCCUGGCCGGGACCAUCGUCUCACCCACCGUUGACCGGUACGCCGACGUCUCCUGGACCAUCUCCGGCUACCGAUUGGACGGUUCAGAGAAUGACGUCACCGGUGACGUGAUAGCCGUGCAGAGUCCGUCGGGCCGGGUACAGGCGUGCUGCACCAUCCGGCGGCUGCCGGGUGCCGCGGUCGCCGCCCGCCUGCUCCGCCGCGCCGCGCCGCCGCCGCUGCGGUGAGGUGACGCUGGUGCCGGGGUGCGGUCCCGCUGCCCGCCUGGUGCCGGGGUGCGGUCCCACUGCCCGCCUGGUGCCGGCCUGGUGCCGGGGUACGGUCCCACUGCCCGCUGGUGCCGGGGUACGGUCCCACUGCCCGCCUGGUGCCGGCCUGGUGCCGGGGUACGGUCCCACUGCCCGUCUGGUGCCGGCCUGGUGCCGGGGUACGGUUCCACUGCCCGCCUGGUGCCGGGGUACGGUCCCACUGCCCGCCUGGUGCCGGGGUACGGCCCCACUGCCCGCCUGGUGCCGGAAAGGUAGCGGUAGUCGGUAGCUGUUGUUGGUGAUUCUGCGCCUGAUUCUGCGCCAUGUUAUGGGUUGUUUUGGUGCUAUGAGGGUUUGUUAAUUGUUAUGUUUUAUUUCAGUAUUUUAAGCAUGUGGGUAGGCACUACGAAUUGCAAGUACUGAAACUCAACUGAAAGCUUGACUGGAAGUUAUCGGAUAUCAUUGCGGUUCAGAGUGAUUGAUCAGGGAGAUCGCACUAAUGAAUGAUCAAUCGCACAAGCCCACUGUGCUCGAGAUAAAGAGGCAAGGGUUCGGACUUUCCCGCACCUUUUCUUCUUGUUCGUACUAUAUAGGAGCAGUAUAAUGCGACAAAACUUAUUUCCUUAGGGCGGAAGGGAAUUCGGUGCCUGCUCGAAAAUCAGUUCACCCGGCUUUUUUACCACGGUCCGUGUCUGAUGAGACUGACGUUGCUAGUUAUUCAUUAGUAUAAUAACACGGAUGACGGAACAAAAAUGAUAGACGAACGCGUUUCGGCUAAAUCGCCGUCAUUAGCGUCUAAAAGGAUAACUCCUUUUGACGUGUGUUUUUUUCCGUGUUAUUAUACUUGUUUCAACUGAAAUACAAUUAUCCAUUAGUGUUCGUACGGAGCGUGAUUUACGCAUCGCUAAUUAGUAACUACAAAAAGGUGCUCCUUUUUAAAUUUUAGUCGUUGGAUGCAAUAUAAAGUCGAUGCACAAAUGUGUAAUGUAUUUCAGUGACAUUUUACAUCACAUCGUAUCAGUGUACUAACACCAGUGCAGCAUUCCACGCUGAUCAACGAAAUCAUGGACGUACGAAUAAUAUUUAAUAUUUUCAUGUGAAUAAAAUGUUUAUACGUG